UAUAUAAAAAUCAAGAUGAAAAUAUUACGUAAUGUUAUAUUUCCGGUGAUCUUAAUUUUGUUUCAUAAUGUCGAAUCAAAAACAAAAGUGGAUCCUUUAGUUGACACCAAUGUAGGAUUGAUUCGAGGACAACAGGCCACUGAUGGCGAUUAUUCCAUGUUCAUGGGAAUACCAUACGCGAAAAUCAGUGACUCGAACCCAUUUGGACCGUCUACACCAUAUGAAAAAUUUGAAACAAUUUUUGAAGCUUACGAUGAUACAGCAACGUGUCCCUAUGUAGACUUGAGUAAUAACAUAUUCGGCUCCCUAGAUUGCCUCACUUUGAACAUCUACGUUCCAAACUCUGCAAGUUCCAGUAACCUAAUGCCUGUUAUGGUUUACAUCUACGGUGGCAACUUUGAAAGAGGUUCCGCAGAGAAAAGCAUGUAUGGCCCGAAAUUUUUAGUCAGGCACGACGUAAUAUUAGUUGUUAUUAACCACCGAAUUGGACUUUACGGAUUCAUGUGUCUUCAUAUACCUGAAGUGCCAGGUAAUCAAGGCCUCAAAGACCAAGUUCUUGCCUUGAGGUGGAUCAAAGACAACAUUCAGUCAUUCGGUGGAGAUGCCAAUAAAAUAACUAUUUUUGGAGAAAGCUCUGGCGGAAGAUCAGUAGAUUUCCAUUUAAUAUCUCCCCAAGAAAAACUAUUUAAUAAUGCCAUUCUACAAAGUGGAACAUCGUUAACUCGUGAUACUAUAUUUGAAGCUGAUACGGAAGCUCCGCUAAAACUUGCCGAAAAGCUUGGUUUUCCAACGGAUUCUGUUUAUGAAGCCCUGAGUUAUCUUUCGACUGUACAACCUAAGUUGGUGAUUGCGGCAUCAAUAGAACUAGAUUUAGUUAUCAAGCCAUGUGUAGAAAAAGAUAUAGAAAACGUAGAAAAGUUUAUUACAGAUUACACAUACAAUCUAGAUAUUCCGAAAGCCAAAGAUACGCCUGUAUUAUUAGGGUAUAAUGACCAUGAGCAAGUUGCACGGUAUGCUGAUAAACCUCCUGAAUUCUUUAAUGAUUUAAACAUAAUCUACGAGAGGUUAAAGGACUACUUUAAUUUUGGCAAAGAACUUGACGAAAAGGUAAAGAAUGUUCAUCAUUUCUACUUAGGAGACGAAGCCAUAAGUCCAGAAACUAUGUGGGAGAUUAUUAAUUUUGAUUCUGUAUUUUCAUACAAUCAUCCUACUGAAAGAACUAUCAAGAUGUACUUAGAGAACGGAGCGAAAGAUAUAUAUUAUUAUGUGUUUUCAUAUGUGGGUGGAAGGAAUUUUUACAAGGAUGGAAGAAAUGUUACUGUCGGCGGAGCAUCUCAUGCUGAUGAGCUUGGGUACUUGUUCGAUAUGCAGUCGAAAUACAGUGAUGACCCUUCAGAGGAAGACCAACUCACAAUCGAUCGUAUAACCACCCUCUGGACUAAUUUUGCUAAAUUCAGCAAUCCUACCCCAGAGACAUCAGAGUUACUUCCAAUUCAAUGGGAGCCAGUCACUAAAGACAUUUACUAUUUCUACAACAUAGGUUCGGAAGUCAACCUUGAAAAAAGACCUUUCCAUAAGGAUACAGCUUUCUGGGAUCUAUUCUAUAAAGAAAAUUGGAAGUUCCAAAAAGGUUACAGGGAAAGAGGUAGUAAAUAAACAUAAUUUGUUUUAUAUUGUAGAAUAUACUUGAAUUUCUACAUGUAGUAGUAUAUUUAUUUAUUUCGAAUACUUAGUGCAUGAUUUUGCAAAUACGUUUUUCUCUUCAUAAAGCACUUUUGUCAAUCAGCCUUGAGAAAAGUUUAAACGACUGAUGAAUGCGGAGGAAGCAUCAGAG